CGCGCACGGCCGUGGCGGGGCCGCGGAAGGCCGCGGCGCGCGGGGCCCGGCGGGCGCGAGGCCGAAAACACAACAGCCGUGUCCAGCAGGCUGCUGACAGCCCCCUGCUUUUCUCUUCAGGACUUCCCCCAAGACUGCUGCAGGCAGGGGACACCCCUGUGGGACGUACGCUGCGGGUUUUGGGGCAAGACAGCUGGGCUCGGAGGAGCAAGGAUAGCAGCCGGGGACAGGGAUGGAGCGCCUGGCCUCCUUCAGCAAUGACCCCUUUGAUAAGCCUCCGUGCCGAGGCUGCUCUUCGUACCUCACAGAGCCCUACGUGAAGUGUGCGGAGUGCGGGCCUCCUCCCUUCCUCCUCUGCUUGCAGUGUUUCACGCGAGGAUUUGAAUACAAGAAACAUCAAAGUGAUCAUACUUACGAGAUAAUGACUUCAGAUUUCCCUGUCUUGGAUCCUAACUGGACAGCUCAAGAGGAAAUGGCACUGCUAGAAGCUGUGAUGGACUGUGGAUUUGGAAACUGGCAGGACGUAGCCAACCAGAUGUGUACAAAAUCCAAGGAGGAGUGUGAGAAACAUUAUAUGAAACACUUUAUCAACAACCCCUUGUUUGCAUCUACAUUACUGAACCUGAAGCAGGUGGAAGAGGCACAGCACAGCGAAACGGCCAUCCCAUUCCACCCUGCUGAUGACCCCCCACGGCCUACUUUCGAUUCCUUGCUCUCCAGAGAUAUGGCUGGGUAUAUGCCAGCAAGAGCUGACUUUGUUGAGGAGUUUGACAACUAUGCUGAGUGGGAUUUAAGAGAUAUUGAUUUUGUAGAAGAUGAUUCAGACAUUCUGCACGCUCUGAAGAUCGCAGUUGUAGAUAUCUAUCAUUCCAGGUUAAAGGAAAGACAGAGAAGAAAAAAAAUUAUAAGAGAUCAUGGCCUAAUCAACCUCAGAAAAUUUCAGAUUUUGGAAAGACGAUACCCGAAGGAGGUUCAAGACCUUUACGAAACAAUGCGACGAUUUGCACGAAUUCUUGGACCAGUAGAGCAUGAUAAGUUCAUUGAAAGCCAUGCAUUGGAAUUUGAGCUGCGAAGGGAAAUCAAACGACUGCAGGAAUACAGAGCAGCAGGAAUCACCAAUUUCUGUAGUGCGAGAACGUACGAUCACCUGAAGAAGACAAGAGACGAGGAACGCCUGAAGCGCACGAUGCUGUCGGAAGUCCUGCAGUACAUCCAGGACAGCAGCGCCUGCCAGCAGUGGCUCAGUCGACAAGCCGAUAUUGAUUCUGGCCUGACUCCCGCAGCACCAGUUCCUUCAAAUUCAGGUAGACGGAGCGCCCCUCCACUGAACCUCACGGGUCUGCCAGGCACAGAGAAGCUCAACGAGAAGGAGAAGGAGCUCUGUCAGAUGGUGAGGUUGGUCCCUGGAGCCUAUUUAGAAUAUAAAGCUGCUUUAGUGAACGAGUGUAACAAACAAGGAGGCCUGAGACUUGCACAAGCUAGAGCGCUCAUCAAGAUCGAUGUGAACAAGACCAGGAAAAUCUAUGACUUCCUUAUCAGAGAAGGGUACAUCACGAAAGCCUGAGGACAGGCAGAAGAGCUUUGGCUGGAGCAGACAGAUGUGAAGAAGGUUUGAAGUCACUUGGACAGUGCUGAAACAUUUUAACAGAGUUGAAUGAAGGACAUUUCUCAUUGUCUGAAAUAUUUAGGAGCUUCUUUUUGUAAAAAGAAGUAGGAAGCUUUGUUGAGUUGUGUGAAUACUGACAUUUCCUUGUCUGGUUUCCUUUUAAUUCUGCUGUUUAACACUGCUGUUGUCAGAAUUACACCACCAAGUAGCACUGGAAAGGAUCGUAUGUCAAAUAAGUUAAUCUUAAAUGUGAAUGGGCAUUCACUUCUAACACCUCGUGUAACUAAAAAGGGAAUCACGGUACUUUUACUCUGACAGUGACACAGAAUAAGGACAGAAGGGCAGCACGUAAGGAGUCACGCUUUUACUUUGUGUGAGUACAGGGCAUAGAAAUGGGUCCCCUCCCUUCUUGUACUCCUUCCUAAAACAGCGUCAGCUUCCAAAGGAGAUAGCACAUGCUGGAGGGUGUAAAAAUAGAGCUUGCAAUAGUCCGGUCUUUUUAACUUAAUUAUGAUAAAGGAUGGGAGAGGACAUUCCAGGGAAGCUCCUCAGCAGUUAUUACUUUUAUGUGAUACUAGCACAUAUCACAGCAUGAGAGUGCUGUACAAACCAAUAAGCUUCAUCUGCUCCCUACUUGAUCUGCGAUUGCCACGUCCUAUAUAAUCCUUCGCUUUAAGUCUUCUGAUUUGGUUGCCCCAGCUCAUUGGAAAGGCUGCAUGUUACAAGCGGAGCGGAGCAGCCUUCAGAACAUAAAUAAAAAGCCACUCCAUACCCUGACGUUCUCUCUCACAAAAGAUAAAAAGUGAAGAAAACCACAAACCACCCAGGGCGUGCGCUUUCAGCCCUUGCUGCCAGCCUGAGCGUGUGCCCAGCUGGUCGACAAAGCCAGGACAAGGUGCAGCGAGUCACUGCACAGCCACAGAGCACCCGGCUGCAUCAGAGCAUCCUUCCUGAGACCUCAGUACGAACUAUUUGCAUUUGAAAAUGCAGUUGGGUGAUGAGGAUGGUCCUUUCCAGAUGCUGCUUGGCAAGGUUUACCAGACAGUAAAUCGUUUAUCAGCUUCCACUGCUAAUGAACGGUGCAAUUCGUUAGCGGGCUCUGACUGAAACAACAUUCCGUGAGCAACCUAAUGGCCAAAGCAGGCAGGGUGCUGCCUGCUCUCCACUUGGGGAUCGUGUUGAAAAGCCCAGCCUGUAACUAUACCGAUGCCUAUUGAACAGGUUUGGCUUUAGAUUUUGUUUGUUUGUUUGUUUCUGCCCCCCUUCCCCAAGAAUAACUAUCCUGUGUACCUGAGGUGCCACUGAAUGUGAAGUAUUUUGGUUUGUAAUAAAAUCAAAAUGAUCCAAAAUG